GUUGACGAGUAUGAAUCAAUGAGCAGUUUUCUAGAUGUACUCUGUAAAAACGAGGAGCCCUCGCUCAUAUGGGAGGGUAAUGACUUUGGAGGCUGUUUUGAAAAAGUGGUGGUUAUUUCCCCUGUAUAUGUGAUCAUGAGUUUUAUUUGCUCUUUUUUUAUUUUCAAAGCCAGCUGUAGCUCCACAGCCUCAGGUAUCCUGAACAGGGUCUGGGUCCUUUACCUCAGAUUAGUGCUACAUGCUGCCAUUAUUUGCACUCAAAUUGCUUUAUUUGUUGAGCAGUGUUUUGCUGUGGAAAAUAUCCAAACUGUGGAAAUUGUGGCUGAAAGUUUGAUAUUGCUAGCGUGGUGCCUGAGUGCUUUUGUGAUAUUUAUUUGGCGCAGGAGCUGGCAUAGUGUGAGUUCAGGGAGAGACUUUGAUAUCUUAAUAGCUUCAUGGUUUCUUGCUUUUAUAUCUUGUUCAUUCGAAUUGCACAGUGCAAUUUUGUCAACCACCGGUAGUGCCUCUGCUUUGGACGAGGACACCUUCAAAGACUAUGAAGUGAGAAACAUUUACACACGCUUUGUAUUCUAUGUUGGGAUACUACUUUCUCAAGUCAUAAAAUCAAACGUGCCAGUCAGUGUCCUGGAGGAUGAAGGGGCCGGAUCAUCUAGAGGCACUCGAGUUCAACAUUCCCCAACUGAGGAAUCCGCUUCCUUUAUUUCUCGUAUCUCCUUUCAUUGGGUGAAGAAGCUCUUCACUGUAGCACGAGAAUCUCAGUUUCCAACCGUUGAACACUUACCUUUUGACCUUCCAACUUCGCUAAAUCCAGCUGCCAACCAUUGCAAUCUCCAGCUGGCUCUCAAACAUUACUCUCAACCAGAUAAUAGCUCCUCGUCUGAGGAACCUGAUAUCACACAACCUUUGAUUGAAGCGUCUCGCCCUGAAGCAUCAGACAAGCUUUUUCUCGUGAGAUCAAUAAACCGGGCUUUCGGGUGGACUUUCUGGCCAUUAAACCUGAUAAAGAUGCUGGAGCUUAUCUUGAAUCUGAGCGUGCCUGUUAUAUUGAACUUGUUUUUACACGAACUUGAGAGGAGUUCUCCGAACCUUGUCUCUUCUGGCUUGUAUCUGACACUGUUGGUGGUUGUCAGCACUGUCAAAGCAUUUGUGGGUGCUCACUUGAAGUUCGAGCUCAGAAAAUUGGGGAUGAGGUUGAAAGGAGCUCUCAUAUCUGAGCUCUUCUCCAAGGUUCUAAAUAUUAAUUUUGCCCGAUUGAGAUCAUUUAGUGUCGGACAAAUAUCAAACUUUGCUACAGAGGAUGCGAAUGCCAUUUCCUCUCAUCUGUAUGCCUUGAUGGAUAUUUGGGCAAUACCUUUGGAACUAAUCAUCAUCUUGGUAUUGCUGUAUCAUUACAUCGGCAUGUCUUUUUUAUCAGUCCUUGGGUUUUGCAUCCUCACAACUCCUUUAAAUAUAUAUGUUACCAGCAAAUUUGAAAAACACGAGGACAAACUUAUGAAACAACGAGAUGACAGACUGAAGUUAAUCUAUGAAAUUUUUGCGAAUAUAAAGACUGUUAAAUUCUUCUCGUGGGAGGAGAGUCUUAUUGCAAAACUAUUGGAAUUGAGAAACGUGGAACUAACUGAAUUAAAAGCUAUUGCAGUGCUAGAUGCGGGCUGUGUGUUCCUGUGGGCAAUUGCACCAAGCCUGAUUACAACACUGACUAUUGGGACAUACUCCCUGCUUGGAGGAGAGAUCAGCGUCAGCAUGUUGUUCACAACUCUAGCCCUGGUCAGCCAAAUGGUCGAACCAUUGAAUAUGAUACCCUGGGUGCUGCUGGACUUUGCCAUGGCCUGGGUAUCCACUAAACGUGUCCAGACCUUCUUCUGCUUGUCAGAUAAUUCCCCAACCAACAACGAAGCUGAUAAUCCUUUGGGCGAGAAUAGCAUUAUCGAGAUGGACAACUGUUCGUUCUAUUGGGAAGACAGCAAUGACUGUUGCCUUGCUCGCCUUCAGUUUCAGGUUAAUAAGGGCGAACUUAUGAUUGUGAUGGGUAAAAGUGGAUCUGGAAAAUCAUCACUCCUUUUAGCCCUUUCUCAAGAACUAAACAUAGCAACCGGAGUACUUCGUUUGAAAGAGUGGAAAGAUGGUGCUGGAAUAGUCCUUCAAGAUUGCUGGAUCAAGUCUGGUUCUGUUCGUGAGGCUAUUCUUGAUGGCUGUGUGUUUGAUCUUUACUGGUACGAGACUGUUGUCAGUGCUUGUGCUCUUGACGAAGACAUAGCUGCUUUUUCCCAAGGGGACGAAUCACCUGUAGGAGUGAAUGGAUCAUUAUUGAGCGGGGGACAAAGACUGAGAUUAUCUUUAGCUAGAGCUGUAUACAAAAACAAACAGGUAUAUCUUAUUGAUGACAUAUUCUCAAGUCUUGAUGCUCAUGUAGUGCACCACAUCUUUGAGAAUUGCAUAAAUGGAAUCCUAGCUAGUAAAACUCGAGUGGUAUGUACCCACAACAAGUCGUUAUCCGCAUCUGCAAACACACUCAUGGUACUUGAUGAGGGGCAGAUACGAUACAUAGGACCACCACAAGUUACUGGCUUACCACCAAUAGAUGAUACUGCUUCUCCUCAUAUCAAAAGUAGUGAUGUAGGAGAGGAUCAGGACAACUUGCAACACCCUUACGUAGAACCUCGGAGCUUUGGAGCUGUUAACUCGUCAGUGUACGGGUUCUAUCUACAGUCUGCAGGGUACACACUCUCUUUCCUGGUGGUACUGUUCCUCUUUUGCAUGCAAGCCUCGGACUCGGCUGGAACAAUAUGGCUCUCGUUGUGGGCCAAGGCAGUAUCGCUAACACCUGGCAUUAGGGAGUUUCCCUUGGGGGUGGUUUCAGCUCAACAUUGGAACACUUCCCAGCAUAGCAGCGGACUACUUUACGGGCUAAAUGACCAAGUUUUCAAGCGGCUGGGAGUGCCCUCUAACUCUUCCUUCUAUCUAGAAGUGUAUGGCUCUAUAAUUGCUGGUAACAUUAUUUUCAGCUUAGGCAGGGUUUUGAGUUUCAUCCCUUUUCAAAUAGCUGCCACAAAGAUUCUCCACAACAAGAUGCUCAUGUCCAUCAUGCAAACUCCACUACACUUCUUUGAUGCUACACCACUUGGAGUGAUCAUAAACAGGUUCUCAUCUGAUGUGUACACAGUAGACAGUGAUGUGCCGAUCGAGGUGAACAUCUUCGCAGCUAACCUAUGUUACAUAGUGGGUGUCGUGGUGGUCACUUGUUACGGACUUCCAUACAUCAUCAUCUCAUUUGUGCCUCUUUCAGUCUUCUAUUUCUUCAUUCAGAGAUAUUACAGGCGCGCUGUCAGGGAAGUCAAACGCCUCUAUUCUAUGUCUCAGUCUCCACUUUUCUCUCAUUUUGAAGAAACACUUGGAGGGGUUUCUUACAUUCACAGUUUCCGCAGCAGUGCUGCUGUGCAAAAUACUGGCAUGAAAAUCCUCAAGACGUACCAGAGAGCGGAGUAUUGCUUAACAGCAGCAAAUGUGUGGCUCCGUCUCAGACUGGAACUCCUCACUGCUCUUGUCAUCGCCUUCGUUUCCUGCGUUGUCCUGAUCCAGAUGAAAUUUGAUAAUGUUGAUGCAUCCAGACUGGGACUGGGACUUACAUUAGCUUUCUCUAUCAGCCAAGCUAUGGACUAUCUUAUCUCUUCUUUUACUGAUCUCGAAAAGAGCUUUGUAGCCGCCGAAAGAGUAAUGCAGUUCACUGAAAAUCUACCUCGAGAGAAGGAAAGUGAUCAUGCUAUGUCUGUGUACAGCAGCUGGCCAGAGUUAGGUAACAUCACAUUUUCGGCAGUUACUGUCAGAUACAAAAACUGUACCACAAGAGCACUCAAUAACGUAAACAUUUCUAUCAGAACAGGAGAAAAAGUAGCAAUUGUAGGGAGGACCGGUGCAGGUAAAAGUACCCUGUUUCUCGCACUUUUUAAGCUUGUCGACCUUGAGAGAGGUAGUAUUAUUAUUGAUGACGUUAACAUUACUGAAAUAAGCAACAAAUCACUCCGAAAAAGUCUCACCAUUAUUCCUCAGCAACCCCUUAUUUUCUCUGGAACUUUAAGGGACACCCUUGACCCUUUUAGCGAUCAUUCUGAUGAGGAGCUAAAAGCUGCUCUGCGGCAAACAGAAAUGGUGCAUUAUUUGAAUUCCAAAGAUGGCCUCAACAGUGAGGUUGCGUUAGGAACAUUAAGCACUGGAGAGUCCCAAUUGAUAUCCUUAGCAAGGGCUUUCUUGAGAAAAUCCAGGAUAGUUUGUUUGGAUGAGGCAACUUCCAAUGUUGAUAGUGACACGGAGCAGCUGGUACAGAGAUUGUUACAGAACCAGUUGAGUGGGUGCACAGUACUGGCCAUCGCCCAUCGUAUAGAAACUGUAUUGGACUAUGACAGGGUCAUCGUUAUGAGCCAAGGUUCUAUUGUGGAGGAGGGGGAUCCACGAAAACUCCUUCAAAAAAGUUCAUCUCACUUUCACCUGCUAGCAAAAUCAAGUGGCUUGGCUUCAUCUGGCCAAGGUGAUUCCAGUGGGAUGAUGAAGGAAUCCUUAUCAAUAGAGCGUUCACAUCACAGUUCUUUUCAAGAAUCUUCUCCUACAGGGUCAGGUUCAUCACACCAGUCUUAUCGUCCUGGUUCAGUCCACCGCUCAUCACAAGGUUCCAGUUCUGAUAUUCAAUAAACUUGUCUUACAAGGGUUUCAGUGUUGUAUGGCAGCAUUACAUCAUAUAUUAAGAGAAACGCCAUUGUCGGACGUGAGGAGAGUGAGGACUCCUCAAACUACAUUAAAUAUAUUCUUUCUGUAACAUCCUCAAGGUCCUUAACAAGAUGUAACCCUGUUAAGGUCCUUAACAAUAUGUAACCCUGUCAAGGUCCUUAACAAGAUGUAACCCUGUCAAGGUCCUUAACAAGAUGUAACCCUGUCAAGGUCCUUAACAAGAUGUAACCCUGCCAAGGUCCUUAACAAGAUGUAACCCUGUCAAGGUCCUUAACAAUAUGUAACCCUGUCAAGGUCCUU